GGCCGCUAGGUUCCAUUCGGGAUUCAGCCAUUCCUGAAAUCCAAUUUCCCAUUUGCCUCUUCCUGUCUUCCCUCUUCGCUACCCUCUUCCCUCUUCGGCUCUUCCCUUCCCAAGUUCGCAGUUCGCAAGUCGCAACUUCUCCGGCAGCCGGCACUCCCUGACUUCCGGUCCCAGUUCCCUUCAGCUUCACCUUCCAUUCUCAGUUCCCUUCCCACUUCGCAGUUCGCACACAGUCGGCGACGGCGAGUUCGAAUCUCCUGUUCCAGAUCGGCAGAGCCAUUCUUCCCCUUCGGACUUCGGCUUCCACCUUCCCAACUUCGCAGCUCGCACUCUCGCAGACUCGCAGUACUCCUUCGGAGCUUCCGUCCUUCAGGUUUCACUCGUGUACCACUAGUACCUAAUUGAACCACGGAUUGGAUUGUGAACAGUCAGAGGAAUAGAAAGAAGCAGUCAUGGAUGUUGAUUCACAGACAACAUUUGAAGAAACUAUUUUGGUUGGUGAUGAUCUAAUGAUGGGGCCACCAUCACCUCUCAUCCCACCAGAAAUUGCAUCUCAUGUUCUUGAAGGUGUUGAGUUGUGUGAUGGGAUAUUGAGGAAUCUAUUUUUGUGUUUGCAAGUUCAUAAUGUUGAACCGUUUUGUCAAGAUGAGAUUGCUUUGUAUCGGGAGUGUGCAGAAAAAAGGGACACGGAACUCAGGCAACGGCUUAAGGAUAGUGAACGCAAAUUGGGCUUCUCAAUGCCUUUAGAUGAAGCAAAAGAUAGAGUCGCUCAGCUUGAAUCUGAAGCAACAUCCUUGGAGAGGCGCUUGAUUCUUGCAAGUGGAAUAGAAGGCAUGGAAGGAUUUCGCCAAAGAUGGAGUUUACACGGUCGCCUCACUGAUACCAAGGAAAGGCUGGAGUCCUUGAAGCAUGGGAUGGAGAAGAGAAAGAAAGAUGAACCAGUUGGAGGUUCAACCCCCAAAAGAUGGUCUUUUUGGUAGAGUUUAUUGCUGCAUUUGUAUGGCAUGAUUAUUGGACACACUUGCCAAGCAGCUGACAAAGAGUACAAUAACUACAUGUUUGGAACAAAGCAAAUUUAUAACUUAAUUUUGACAUGCUUCCUGUUUAAUUUUUCAUUCCAUUCCAUCCCUACUAUUCCAUCUGCAAACCAAACGUGAUGUAAACACUUGAUAAUUUGAAUAAGUGAAAUUUAAUUGUAUCAGAAUUGGCUAUUCCAUGGAA